CUACGAUACCCAGCAGCCCUUGCGGCUGGCGGAACCGGAAGAGGAGGAGUUUUGAGCCAAAAUGAGGGAAAAUAAAAGCAUGUCCGAGUCUCCCUCUCAAGCGGGAAAAGAAAUACCGGCGAAAAAACAGAAACUAAGCAGCGACGAGAACAGUAACCCGGAUCUAUCAGGAGACGAGAACGAUGAUGCUGCCAGUGUUGAGAGUGGGACCAACGCAGAGCGCCCAGACACGCCCACCAACACCGCCAACGCCCCGAGCAGGAAGAACUGGGGCAAGGGCAAGUGGAAGUCCAAGAAGUGCAAAUAUUCCUUUAAAUGUGUCAACAGCCUGAGGGAGGACCACGGCCAGCCGCUGUUUGGCGUCCAGUUUAACUGGCACAGCAAGGAGGGAGACCCGCUGGUGUUCGCCACAGUCGGGAGUAACAGGGUAACUCUGUAUGAAUGUCACUCUCAGGGAGAAAUAAGACUCUUGCAGUCUUACGUCGAUGCAGACGCAGAUGAGAACUUCUACACAUGUGCCUGGACCUACGACACCAACACAAGCCAUCCUCUGCUGGCUGUUGCCGGCUCUCGCGGCAUCAUCCGGGUGAUCAAUCACAUCACAAUGCAGUGUAUCAAGCAUUACGUAGGUCAUGGAAAUGCCAUCAAUGAGCUCAAGUUUCAUCCGAGGGAUCCAAAUCUCCUCCUGUCUGUCAGCAAAGAUCACGCCCUUCGUCUAUGGAACAUCCAGACGGACACAUUAGUGGCGAUAUUCGGCGGUGUGGAAGGUCAUCGUGAUGAAGUCCUGAGUGCUGAUUUUGAUCUUCUGGGUGAAAAGAUUAUGUCAUGUGGGAUGGACCACUCCUUAAAACUUUGGCGAAUCAAUUCAGAGAGGAUGCAGAAAGCCAUCCGCGGGUCUUAUGAGUACAACCCCUCCAAGACCAACAGGCCUUUCGUCUCACAGAAAAUUCACUUCCCCGACUUCUCAACACGAGACAUCCAUAGAAACUAUGUGGACUGUGUGCGGUGGCUCGGGGAUCUUAUUCUCUCCAAGUCCUGUGAAAACGCCAUCGUCUGCUGGAAACCAGGAAAGAUGGAGGAGGACGUCGAUCACAUUAAACCGAACGAGUCAAACGUGACGGUUCUGGGACGCUUCGAUUACAGCCAGUGUGACAUCUGGUACAUGCGCUUCUCCAUGGACUUCUGGCAGAAGAUGCUGGCUCUGGGAAACCAGGUGGGGAAGCUUUAUGUGUGGGACCUUGAAGCGGAAGACCCUCACAAAGCAAAGUGCACCACGCUGACCCUCCCCAAAUGCACGUCGGCAAUCCGGCAAACCAGCUUCAGCCGCGACAGCAGCAUUUUGAUAGCCGUGUGUGACGACGCCUCGAUCUGGCGCUGGGACCGACAACGCUGAGUAGUUUUACCUGAAGACGAAGAAGAAGAAGAGGAAGAGGAGGAAGAAGAAGAAGAAGAACUUUUGGUUCCUGUUGUUUCCCAUCCUCCCGUUCAGAUCUACACUGCAAGAAAUGUCCGCUUGAACAUUUAAUCUAAGAAUACAGUAUUUCCUUUAAAAAGAAUAAAGGCAAGAUGAGAUGAUUCCUUUUGUUUUCAUUUCCUGUUUGUCUGUUGGCAGGAUGUUUAAACAUUUUAUAUCCAACAAAACAUCAGCGGGUUAUGCGAACAUUUUUGAGAAGAAAAAAAAACAGAUUGUUCCAAAUCAUAGACGUAUAUUUUAAAUUAAGUCAAAUUGAACAGCAUGUUGGUGAGAUAUUCAACCCUGUGUGCCUUCCAGAUUUCUAUGCAGUCUCAUUCAUUCAAAAUGAAUCGAUAACACAGAGACAAAGUGGAAUCAUCUCAAUCAACUGCUUUGUUUUAGGGAAAAAACACAUUUUAAUACCCAACAGAUGAAAUGACCAAAGAUGGAUUUUCUUUGCAGUGUGCCACAUUUUAUAUCCAUUCAACAAAAUAAAUGAAGUUUUUUGCCCUUUUUUUUCCCCGACGUUCCUUUGCAUUUUUUUAUUUUUUAAAACGCCCUCCCACUUUAACUGUUGUUGCAUCAUUUACAGUAAAAUCGUUUGACAUUUGAGGCUUUGAGUACACAAUAAAAUGUAUUUUGUAAAUAUA